AUGAAAGAUUACUUCCGUCCGGGCUCUGGCCUCCCCGAGCCGGCGCGGCGGGGGGUGGGGAGCGGGCUGCGCGAGGCCGGGGGGCGCGCCUUGCCACCUGCAGCGCGGGCCCAAGGGGCGCGCUCGGCCCCGCCUGCGGCUCACGCGGGGGGUCCUUGCAGGUGGGAGCCCAGAGUCCUUCCGAGAGCCCAAGCCAUGGUGGCCAAACAGCGGAUCCGGAUGGCUAACGAGAAGCACAGCAAAAACAUCACGCAGAGGGGGAACGUAGCCAAAACCCUGAGGCCACAAGAAGAGAAAUAUCCUGUGGGACCGUGGCUGUUGGCACUGUUUGUUUUUGUUGUCUGUGGCUCAGAAAAGGUGCACUGUCCAGAGAUUCCAGCUGUGCAGCCAUCCUGGGUCUGCUCCCAGAUGGAUAACGCCUAUAUCAAGUCAUGGCUGCUUUUGGACUGGGCCACCGGGCACUCAUCACCUUACCUUUUCCUGGACAUGUGCUCAGGGACAUAUUUGAAUUCACCGGUCAACCACAUAAACACUGGCCUUUCCUGGAGACUACCAGAACAUUCCUGAACUGGUGAGACUCCAGAGGGAGUCUCUCCAGAGACUGGCAAGUGCGAUGUUUGAGAAACAGAGCAGCCCAGAGAAGCCCUUCUAUUUCACCACAGAGGAAAGAUGGAAGACAUGCAUCUACUCUGGAACUCCUGCCUCAAGAUCUGAGAUGGACAAUCUGGAAAGAUCUCAUCAGCCAUUGGCUCUCACAAGGUGACUUGUGGCCUCCGUUGUUGUGUGCCACCCUCUGCCCUGUGCCCGUGGAGCAUUUGGGUUUGUGUGUGGUCUCCUUCUCAGAGGAGAGUUUCUGUCUGCUAUUUCAGUGUGGAGACAGGGCAUCACCUUCUUUGCUAAUAAUAUCCCUCCUUUUAACAAUGUCUUCCUGCCUUUACCUGUCCCUGGCAUCUCUCUCUCUUUUCUCUCAUCACCAUCUCUGGGGAAAUCACCAGGAAAUGCUAUCAGAAAAUGGUGCUUUGCUUUUGACUCUCUUUUUCCUGAUUCUUUUAGAGAACUUAACAGACCACCUUUGCAAUGUCUUGUCUCCUAACAUUACUACUUGUCUCUCUCAAGAUUCAUACUUCUCUUACAGCAAUUUUUUUAAUGAAAAAAUGAUCAAGUUGUGUGAUUUCUAGAGUUAUCUUAUACUCCUAACGGAUGUUCCUCUGGCCUGCCUUAACGUCUCUUGUCAGAAACGUCCUUGAUCUCUCUUGUCAAGUAUUUAUUUUCAAUAAA